AUGCGACACGUCUUCGUCGCCGCCGCCCUCCUCCUCGUCUCCAUCGACGUCCUCGUCGUCUCGACCGAUGUCCCGAAGCAGGCGGUCGCCGCGUCGGCUCGGAUGCCGGGCAAGGGCGCCUCCCUCGGCGGCGGCAUGGCCGUCAACCUCAAGAGCGUCGGCGGGACCCCGCGGCGGCCCCAGGGCGCGAAGCUCGGGGUCCCUGUCCCCAGCGCCCGCGAGUUCGUCGAGGCCCACAACAAGGUCAGGCUCGGGCACGGCGAGCCGCUCCUGAAGUGGGACAAGAACCUGGCCAAGUACUCGCGGCGGUUCGCGUCCAAGCGCGCCGCGGACUGCAAGAUGAUCCACUCCUACGGCCCGUACGGGGAGAACAUCUUCUGGGGGGCGAAGGCCGAGUGGUCCCCGUCCCAGGUCGUGGACUCGUGGGUCAGCGAGAAACAGUUUUACGAUCCGACGCACAACUCGUGCACGCCGGGAGAGAUGUGCGGGCACUACACGCAGGUCGUUUGGCGGGACACCGCCCGCGUGGGCUGCGCCUGGAUCCCGUGCCUCAACGGGGGCAUGUACGCCAUCUGCUCGUACGACCCGCCCGGGAACUACGUGAACGAGAGCCCGUUCGUGUCCACCGCGGACCAACGGUGAUGAUCUCCAUUAGUAAUAUGACCUGAACUCAAUUUGCAAGAUUUGGUAUACAUAUGUUUUAAUGGCCGAGGUGUUUUGCUUCCGGUACCAAAUCGUUUUUGCUUAAUUUGGAUCUGACGACGACCAUGUAUCUUUUAGUGC